AUGCAGUGUCUCCGCUUCGUCGAUGGUAAAAAGUGUUCAGUCAACACAGUGGGUGCAUCCCUUUCUGCAGUGGCAUGCGUGGUGGCGUUUAUAGCCUUCAUUGCUGAAAUUAAUUCUGAGGGUUGGCAAUAUAGGGGGAAGGUAUGGUUAGAUGCACCAACUAGUCGGCGAGUCCCAUUUAGGAAUCCGAGAGUCAUUUUUGUUGUUGUUCAGACCCGACCCUCUCCAGGUUGGUGCAGAAUGUUGAUGACUGCUGUUGUCACGAAUGUUUCUGUAAUUUCUAUUGGUAUGGGUGGGAAUUACAGUCACACCAUCCGGGCAAACUGGUUAUUGAACUUCUUGGAUGAUGAGGGUCUCCAUGAUGAUGAUGUGUUAGUUAUGUUUGAUGGUGCGGACACAUUCUUCACUGAUGAGAUCAAUCGAAAAGAGAUGCUAGACCCGUUCAUAAAAAUGUCUCCCCCACUGCCCAAAUUCUUUAACCAAACGGCUAUAUACAGAGGUGACGCUUGGCCGCCCAUGCUUCACAUGGCAGAACCAGAUUGUUAUGCUCCCCAGUUGAACAUCACAUACAACCCGCAAAAUGAGUCGCAUUGGGAUCGAUGCGCAAGGUUUUACGCCAUGGGCCUGUCAGAAGCGAAAACAUUCGGUGCUGAGCGGCUUCUGGGGUUGCCACCUCCCGUGCGUGGACACCUCAACAGUGGAGGAAUUGUGGGCCGGGUAUGGGCGUAUAAAGAGGCCUUUAAUGUCUAUUUAAAGUUCAGGGAGACAUCCUCUAAAUGGUGGUGCGAUCAGACCAUGUGGACAAUACUUUUCAUUUGGAGCGCAGGAAAUGCAACGGGUGUGGAUCCCAAAUACAUAAUACGGCGUGGAAUAAUUAGUCUUGACUAUGACAAGAGAUACUUUUACUACCCAACAGCGGCGUACAACACGCGUGCGAUGAUCGGCCACUUCACAGGAAAUCCCCACCAGUGGUUACGGUAUCUCCCGAAGUACUUUACUCGCCUUCCUUGGUAUAGGAACCUUGCGGGAAACAGUACCUACAGGCAGAGUGUCGUGGAAGCAUUACGAAAUACGACCGUCAUAACUUACAAAUACACCCGGGAGAAGGUUUUGAAAAGUUAUGAGGAUGUCUGCAACGUUGAAGAAAUGACCGACCCCGACUUCGUGGUCGACCCACUGGAUAAGUGA